UUGCAUUUAUUUUUCAAUCAAAACCAAGAAAAAAUUCUUGAAAAACUAAAUUCACAGUGUGAGCAAAUCCCCGGAUUGCCAAGGCGACAGCUUUCAAUGUCCCAAAAUGACGUUGAGGAUUUCGUUGGGCAACACUUCGACGCUGUCGGGAAAGACAACCGAGUCGGAGUUUCAGGAGGGGCCGACGCCCCGGCACUCGCUGCUGUCGGGUCGCUUCAAGCAGAGCUUCGCCUAUCUGUCGCUGCGGACGCGGAUGCCCGGGAUCAUGCAGCAGAUCAUCGUGAGGCUGCUGGAGGGCAGACCGGAGCUGGAGACGAAGUUUGGCGUGGAGAUACACAAGGAGAUUCAACAUGUUAUCGACGCCAUUGAACGGCUGAAGAUGGAGCUGAAUCGCGAUCGCCAGUUCCUCAUGUUCCACGGCAACGAGCCGGACAAGGCCGCAUGGAAUGCCUUCAUCACGGAGCUGCCCCGGCACAAGCGGACGUUCUUUCGAGCCUGCUGGCUGCACUCCGAGUGCUACCUGUACCGGCGCAUCUACUCCUUCGUCGAGAACACCAAGCACCUGGCCGGCUUCGACUACUUUGCGCAUCUGAAGCAGGACGAUCUGAAGAUCAGCAAGCGGGCCAUGCAAGCUCUGACCACGGCCACCAGGAACCUGCCCAAGGACUACGAGUCCUUCAGCAAGCUGAUGCGCAUCAACCUGUGGAGCAACCACUACGAGAUCCAGCUGAACGCCUACGUGUUUCAAGAGGACGAGGAAUACUCCGACCUAGACGUGCUCACCAGGGUGGCGGACCUCGACAGGAACCUGCUGGUGGACGACUCCAUACUCGUGUGGAACUGCCUGAUGAAGGCCAAAGGCAGUCCUGAGAUCGUCGUGGACUUCGUCUGCGACAACGGGGGAUUCGAGCUGUUCACGGACAUGCUGCUCAUCGAGUACCUGGUGGCGAACGGACUGGCCACCCUGGUGCGACUGCACGUCAAGGCCAUACCCUGGUACAUUUCGGACGUGAACAGCUCGGAUAUUGAGUGGACUAUCCACUACCUGAUCGGCCAUUCCGACGAGCUGCUGUCCGCGCUGGGCCGCAAGUGGGCGCGCCUCUUCAACGAUGGCAAGAUCAUUAUAGCCCCCAAGUCGCACUUCUGGACAGGACCGCAGCCCUACUUUGUGAUGGUGGAUUCCGAUCAGGACCUGUACAAGCUGUUGUCCGGAGGCAGCCUGGCCAUCUUCAAGGGGGACCUCAACUACCGCAAGCUCAUGGGCGACUAUAUCUGGGACUCCACCGAGGACUUCAUCACGUGUCUGCGAGGCUUUCGGCCCUGCAACAUAUGCGCCAUGCGGACAGUCAAGUGCGAGGUUAUCUGCGGCCUGCCGGAGGGCAAGUCGGACGCCCUGCUGAGAAGCGAUCCGCAGUGGAUGAUAUCCGGAAACUACGGUGUGAUCCAGUACACGGACAGCCUCAAGUGCCCCUGCUACCAGGUGGGCAGACUUUCUGGCAUAUCCCAUUCCAGCCAUCGCAACUUCAGGGUGGAUAACAAGGAGCAGCGCGAGAAGCCUGACCAACGCCAGAGUAGCCACAGUCAGAAGACCUAGGACCUGCCUCCAUGGGAGUGACACUUACAGAUGUCUGGCCAUGG